AUGCUAAGCCACGACCCCAAAGAUAGACCGUCGGCUGAAGAAGCACUGAAACACCCUUAUCUUCAGCCCGCGGAACAGCAGUUUGAAAUGUUGUGCAAAAUGGGAAACCAACCUGAGAUCAAGACAGGGAAUUUGAAAUCAGAUGUCGUGCGAUUGUUGAACAGCGAUCCCAAAGAUUGGAGAUCUCAGAUGAAUGCCGAUGUUCUGCAGUAUUUAAGCACUGAUCCCUUGAAGGGGAAAACAUUUCAUUAUAGGCCGUCGUGGACGGACUGUUUGCGACUUAUCCGAAAUGUCAAGGAACACUGGCAGGACCGUCCAAGGCCACGACCCGAACUAUUCUAUGUAGUGGACGAUCCCGAAGAGUACUUUCUUAACCUCUUCCCCAACCUUCCUGUCGAGGUUCACAGAAUUAUCAGGUCAUGUGAUUGGAAAGAACGACCUGACCUUAAGGAGUACUUCAUAUAA